AAAUAAACUUUUUUAAAUGUUUAAGGAAAAAGAUAACAGACUUCUGGAAAAAGUAGGAUUUUAAGUCUUAAAAAAAGAAUGGAAGAACUCUCAAAGGAAAACACUAAUGCAUGUGACUGAAACUGAAAAUGUAAACAGAUCCAAAUAAAUGAUCAAAACCAGAUCUCCCUCACAGAAGAAACUGGGAACCCUUGAUUUUAAGAAUGUGACUUUGGUGGGAAUGACCGUGUGUGUCCGGGUAUGUUGUGUGCUUCCCAGGACGGACACCGUGUUUUCGUCCCAGAGGGAAAGUGUCUCUACGUGACAGAAGAGAACCCAGAAAACACGUCCAGCUGUCGCCAGGUGUCUGGACUGCAGAGCUCCUUACUCUGGCAAAACAGCGCUGGAGGCCGUGGCAGCACUAGGGCUUCCUGGCAUUCUGGAUAAUAAAUUCAUCAGUCAAGGGAAAUAGUCCCUUUUUUCUUCUUGUUUUUAUUUCUAUGAACGCUCAAAUUAGGUUGAAUUAUUUAAAAAUAAUUUACCCCCAUUCAGCUCACUUCCUACUACUCUCCUUUCUCAUAGGAAUUUAUGAGACAUACUCUAACAUGUAUAUAUAGCCUUUGGCUGUUUUGUUGCUUUUCUGUACUUGUAGUUUAGAUAAAGAGCGAAAGAGGUAAAUAAUAUGAUUAAAAUGAAAAUACAUUGUUCAAAUCCUUGACUUAGUGCUGGCAGCCUUUUCCUUACUAUUAAGAAAAAAAAUAUUACAGUCCCUUUCUCCAUUAUUAACUUCAUACUCUGUCAACAUCUAUUUAUCCAGUUUCUGGAUUUCUCAGGUCUUUGAUUUUGUACUGCCUCCUGCCAGCUUUUUCGGCUGGUUCACUGCUAAUUAACACCUUUCUCACAAAGUGGGCAGGAGAAAUAAAAGGCCCUGAAAUCUACACUGGCCCUGUUUGCUCCUGGUUAGCAUCUAAUGAAAACUUCCAUGGGGCUGAUUGAAAUCAUGGUAUUAAGCAGAGUUUGGAAGUGAUGUGCGGGGUUUAUUGUCCAUGCUGUUCCUAUUUUCCAUAAGCGAUGUUGGCUGCACUGCUUGGAAGGACAGGCACAACAGCAGGGGGAGCACCAGGCUGGUGCCAGGGCACUUGGACUUGCACCUUGCCCAGGCCACUCAGCUAGCCGUGUUGCUGGGCUUCCUCCGCUACGUGUUGUACCUGUCUGUGAUGUGGUUGGAUUGGUUCCUCUCCCAGGCCCCUGACGCUUUGGCAUCUUGGGGUUCCCUCCCCUAAAGGUCAUGAAACGAGUGCGCACCGAGCAGAUUCAGAUGGCAGCGUCCUGCUACCUCAAACGCCGGCAAUACAUGGACUCAGACGGUCCCCUGAAGCAAGGACUGCGGCUAUCACAGACUGCUGAGGAGAUGGCGGCCAAUCUCACAGUUCAAUCAGAAUCUGGUUGUGCCAACAUAGUGUCUGCAGCCCCUUGCCAGGCAGAACCCCAGCAAUACGAAGUACAGUUUGGACGACUGCGGAAUUUUCUCACUGAUUCUGAUUCCCAGCAUAGCCACGAAGUGAUGCCUCUCCUCUAUCCUCUCUUUGUCUACCUCCACCUCAACCUGGUCCAGAAUAGUCCGAAGAGCACAGUGGAAAGUUUUUACAGCCGCUUCCAUGGAAUGUUUUUGCAGAACGCCAGCCAGAAGGACGUCAUCGAGCAGCUGCAGACCACCCAGACCAUCCAGGACGUCCUGUCUAACUUCAAGCUCCGAGCAUUCCUAGAUAACAAGUACGUGGUCCGCCUCCAAGAAGACAGCUACAACUACCUUAUCCGCUACCUCCAAAGUGACAACAAUACUGCCCUCUGCAAAGUCCUGACCUUACACAUUCAUCUUGAUGUGCAGCCUGCCAAGAGAACAGACUACCAGCUCUACGCCAGUGGCAGCUCCUCUCGCAGUGAGAGCAACGGCUUGGAGCCCCCUGACAUGCCCAGCCCGAUUCUGCAGAACGAGGCUGCUCUGGAGGUCUUGCAGGAGAGCAUUAAGCGUGUCAAGGACGGGCCUCCCUCCCUCACUACCAUCUGCUUCUAUGCCUUCUAUAACACAGAGCAACUGUUGAACACUGCAGAGAUCUCCCCUGAUAGCAAGCUGCUUGCUGCUGGGUUUGACAACUCUUGUAUAAAACUUUGGAGUUUACGAUCCAAGAAGUUAAAAUCAGAGCCCCAUCAAGUAGACGUGUCCCGCAUCCACUUGGCUUGUGAUGUUCUGGAAGAGGAGGAUGAUGAGGAGGAUAAUGCAGGCGCAGAGAUGAAGGUACUGCGGGGACACUGUGGACCAGUGUACAGCACGAGGUUCCUUGCAGACAGCUCAGGGUUGCUCUCCUGUUCUGAAGACAUGUCCAUCCGGUACUGGGACUUGGGCACUUUCACCAACACUGUGCUGUACCAAGGACAUGCCUACCCUGUGUGGGACCUGGACAUCAGCCCGUACAGUCUGUACUUCGCCAGCGGGUCCCACGACCGCACCGCCAGGCUGUGGUCCUUUGAUCGGACGUACCCGCUGAGGAUAUAUGCAGGACACCUGGCAGAUGUGGACUGUGUCAAAUUCCACCCGAACUCAAACUACUUAGCGACAGGCUCAACCGACAAGACCGUCCGGCUGUGGAGCGCCCAGCAGGGGAACUCGGUGAGGCUCUUCACCGGCCACCGUGGCCCCGUGCUGUCUCUUGCCUUCUCCCCCAACGGUAAGUACUUGGCGUCUGCGGGCGAGGACCAGCGGCUGAAGCUGUGGGACUUGGCCUCGGGGACGCUUUAUAAAGAACUGAGAGGCCACACAGACAAUAUCACCAGCCUGACCUUCAGUCCAGACAGUGGCUUGAUCGCCUCUGCCUCCAUGGACAACUCGGUGCGCGUGUGGGACAUCAGGAACACCUACUGCAGCGCGCCUGCCGACGGCUCCUCCGGCGAGCUCGUGGGCGUGUACACCGGGCAGGUGAGCAACGUGCUCAGCGUGCAGUUCAUGGCCUGUAACCUUCUUCUGGUGACUGGAAUCACACAAGAAAAUCAGGAACAUUAAUUCUUUUCUUUGUUGGAACGGACCGGGGAGCGGUGGGAGGCCUCCAGUUGCGGUCCUCCCACGAGCUGAGAUUGAAUC